UAACUCAAUGCUGUUCACAGUUACUUCCCAUAUAUAAUCUCUUUAUCUUCACAACAGUAUACAAUCUUUGCUAUCCACAACCAAAGCUGUUUUCUUUUUCCUCAAACUAAAAUCAUCGAAAAUGAACAGAGUUUUGCAUCAAUAUAUAUUUGUUGUUACUAUUUUUCUGUGGAUAACAUUGAGCAAUGGUUGUUUGCAAACAGCUGUCGGUGAAUUUAUGAAUUGUACAGCGAAAUUAAAUAUCUCAGUCUCACUAGAAACGAAUAGAAUCGCGUUAAAACAUCAGAUGAGUGUGAUAUGCAAAAUGGGACCAAACGACAAACAAGUAUUCCAAUCUUGCUUCGAUACUUUAAAAAGAUGUGAUCAAUUUAUGAUAAUCGCAGAUACUCUUGGGACAAAUAUCAUGAAUUUUGUUGAGGCCAGCGAGAAACUGUGUGGAGACGAAGACGUUAUACUUGAUAAUAUGCCGUGUUUAAUACCAAAGAUAAUGGCUGUAGCAACAAAUACAUCAACGAAUGAAACAAAGGAAUUUCAGCAGCUCUACAAGAAAGGGAAUGACUUAUUUAUGCAGGUGAUGCUAAGAAAAAUUUUAAGAGAAGAAUACAACAGGAAAUAUUGUCCACUUUUGGUAGAGGGAAUUGAAAAAGUGGCCGAUUUUAGGUGCCCAGAAAAGUUUACUAAAAUAAUCCAAAACUACGCCUAUGAUAUAAUGUCUGACACAUGCAGAUCAAUCAACAAUAUUGCUUCAUCUGUUACUAUGUCUCCACAAAUACCAUCGAGCAAUGGUUGUAUGGGGGAAGCUAUCGAUAGAUAUCGGAAGUGUCUGUCGGAUUUAAAUCCGAAUCUCAGCUUGCAUAAACUCUCGCCAAAAGGACAAAUGGAGUUCAUGUGCAAGAUAGCAAAAUCAGAAGACAAAUAUCAACUCACUCUUUGCUUCACCCAUUUUAAAACUUGUGAACAAUUUAGCAGGACCGUAGACAUUCUUGGAUUUGAAAUCUCACGUUGGAUGGAGACCUUCGAGAAGCUGUGUCAAUACGAAAACGUUUUGCUUGAGGAUAUGCCAUGUUUCUUACAAAAUAUAAUGAAUCUAUUUAACAAUAAUUCAAAGAAUGAAUUAAAGGAAUUUCAGUUGCUCUUCGAGAAAGGGAGACGCUUAUUCAUGCAGCAGGAACAAAAUGAAAUUACAAGAGAAGAAUACUACAGGAAAUAUUGUCCACUUUUGAAAGAUGGAAUUGGAAAACUGACCGACUUUAAUUGUCCAGAAAACUUUAUCAAAAUAAUUCAGAACAACAGCUAUUAUAUUAUGUCUGACAAAUGUAGAUCUAUCAACAAUAUUGGUUCAUCUGUUAAUAUUUUCCGGUGGAUACCAAUGGGUGACGGUUGUAUGGAGAAGGAUAUCGGUGAAUUUCAGAAAUGUACAUCGAAAUUAAGUUUUACGGCGGGUAAACUUAGCCUAAGAAAUCAGAUCGAAUUGAUGUGCAAGAAGGGAUCAAAGACCAAUGAGCUACUUCAUUCUUGCUACGAUAAUUUAAAAAAAUGUGAUCAAAUUAGGACGAUCUCAGAUCUAUUAGGGAUAAAUAUCUCCCGUUUGACGGAGACCGACGAGAAGCUGUGUAAAAACGAAGAAGGUAAGGUUAAGUUUUCUUCUUGUUAAUGCUUUCUUCUGGUC